AUGGACAAUCCAGUAGCUGAGAUUGAAGAUGUCGUGAGGUGUAUCACUGAGCCUGCUGACGCAAGUAUUAUAGUGAAGAAUGUUGAGAAGUACUUUACUCAUGAUGCUCGGAUAUAUCACCCACUUUUCAAUCAGCCGUAUAGUCAAGAGAACUCAUUGGAAGACUUAAAAGGAAUCUAUGCUAUGCUACAAGAUGAUAACUUCCCGAGUGAUUUAACAAUCUCAGGCUUUUCAAAGAUGCUGCCUGGGCUAACCACCUUGAAUGACUGUAUGAAAGGUACUGCUGGAUUCAUAGCGGCAAAGUUAGGUAGGUUUCUUUUAGCUCGUGGUUGGUUUGGUCCUUGA